AUGGGAUAUGCAGGUGAUUGUGAUGAUGAUGCUGUGAAGCACUCUUCUGACGAUGUUGCUUCACAAGAAAAUGCCAAAAUGAAGCCUUCUGCUGCUGUUGUCUCCGAGAAGGAGCAAAUUGGAGUGAAGCCUUUUGAAGCUGCUAAAGAAAAGAAUGAAGAGAACCCUUCUGCUGAUGCUGAUGUUGCUGAUGAUGAGGAUGAGAAAGAUAUGGAGUUUUCUGAGGCUGUUAAAGAAGAGAGCAAAGAGGAGCCUUCUGUUGAUGGCGCUGUUAUUAAUGAUGAGGAAGACAAAGAAAUGGAGUGUCUUGAAGCUGCUGAAGAAAAGAAAGAAGAGGACCCUUCUGAUAAUAAUGCUUUUACUGAUGUGGAAAACAAAGAAAUGGAGUCUUCUGAAGAAGCUGCUGAAGAGAAGAAGGAAGACGAGCCUUCUGCUGAUAAGGGAGGAAAAGACAAGGAGGGUUUUGAAACUGGUGAAGAAAAGAAUGAAAAAGAAUCUUCUGCUGAUAAGGAGUCCGGUGUUGAAACUGCUGAAGAAAAACAUGAAGAGGAGCCUUCUGGUGCUGCUGGAGAGAAACCUGCUGUAAAAGAGUCUUCUGAUGCUGCACAUAAACGUAUGAAGUUUCUAUUUGACCUCAACGAGCUUCCUGGUGAUGAAGAUGAUGAAGACAUGCCUUAA